CUCUCGCCAGAACAAACCUCGCUUCUUUCAGGAUGACUACCGAGAGUGUCUCGAUUAUCCUUAAGUAGGUCUCCCGCCUGCAUGGGCGCAUGUGGCGUUCUCAAGUCCACCCCAAAACCCAAAUGUUCCGACGACCCGCAAGCCUCGCGGACCGAUCCCCGAGCUGGCUUAGAUCAACGUCAAUUUCUCAUCAUCGUUUCUUAGCUACUGGUUACUUUGGGAAGCUUAACUGAUUGUUGAAAUAAAUGAGGGGUGACGACAGCGGGGUAGAAAGGUUGGGGAAGUGGGGGAUCCAAGAAUGAUGAAAUACCAAAUUCCCUUGGAUGUCUUGGAACAUAAAAAUUCGGCUGUCUUUUGGUCCAUCAGUAUAAAAUGAUUUUGUUCGGUUUUCAAUCGAUUGUUGGGUUGAUUGCCUCGUCCGUCCUCGCAGAAGCAGGCCCAGGCCAGAGGAGCCAGGAGUUUGAUGUUUUUGAUUUCGUAGAUCCCUUGAUUGGAACCAUCAAUGGAGGCCAUGUUUUUCCUGGCGCGACUCUGCCCUUUGGUGAGUGGAGCUAGUAAACCUUUCGGUCGAGACUGACAGACAAGGAAUGGCCAAGGCAGUCGCGGAUGUCAACAAUCCAGAUGAGAAACAAGGAGGCUUCGCAUCGGACAAUUCAGACAUUACAGGAUUCUCUCAUAUGCAUGAUUCUGGCACUGGAGGUUCCCCUUCGCUCGGAAAUUUUCCGAUCUUCCCUCAGACGGGGUGUCCCGGAGAUAUCAUCAAUAAUUGCUUUUUCACCAAAGACGAGCGAGCUUCACGUAGGAUCAAUGGAACUGUCGUAGCGAAACCAGGGUAUUUUGCUGUCAGCUUGAACACUUCAAUCCAUACCGAAAUGACAGUCACAAAUCACACAGCUCUCUACCGAUUCAACUUUCCAUCAAACUCGCCAUUUUCCACGUAUCAAAAUCAAUCUGAACUUCCUUACAGUCCUCUCAUUCUCGUGGACUUAUCAGACCUUCCAGACUCAAUUACCAAUGGAGUCGUUCAGGUCAAUGAAACUACUGGCAGACUCACAGGAAGUGGGACAUUUAGUCCCUCGUUCGGCAUUGGGAGUUACAACCUCUCAUUCUGUGCAGACUUUUCAGGAGCAUCACUUAGAGACACCGGAGUAUGGAUCAACAAUCGAGCUGGUUCAGAGCCAAAGAUGUUGAAGCGCAUGGCAGAUGGUAUCAAUUCUCCUCCCCUGCCCGCGGGCGCCUGGACCCAAUUCCACCCUCCACCAAACAACCAGAUUCUCGCACGAGUUGGCGUAUCUUUCAUCAGCGUCGAAAAAGCCUGCCAGAAUGCGGAAACUGAGAUAACGGACUUUGGAUUUGACAAGAUUCGCAAUGUAGCAGAAGAGGCGUGGCGAGAGAAGUUGUCAGUAAUUGAGCUGGAUGCUACAGGUGUCAGUGAAGAGUUGCAGACGGUGUUUUGGUCUGGAACGUAUAGAUCAAUGAUAUCACCGCAAGACUACACAGGAGAGAACCCCCUCUGGAAUAGUACAGAACCAUACUACGAUUCGUAUUAUUGUAUUUGGGACUCGUUCCGAAGCAUCCAUCCUUUGCUCACCUUGCUGGAUCCCCAAAGCCAGACAUUGAUGGUAAGGAGCUUGAUUGACAUUUAUCGACAUGAAGGAAAACUUCCGGAUUGUAGGAUGUCUUUGUGUAAAGGAUUCACGCAGGGUGGAUCGAAUGCAGACGUUGUGCUAGCCGAUUCCUACUUGAAGAACAUCACCGAUGGCGUAGACUGGAAAACAGGCUAUGAAGCCAUGGUUUCGGAUGCCGAAGACGAACCGGAAAAUUGGGCUGUGGAAGGUCGUGGCGGCCUUACAUCUUGGAAAUCUCUCGGCUACAUCCCAACUGAUGAUUUUGAUUCUCAUGGCGUUGGACCUUUCACUCGAUCGAUAUCUCGCACCGUAGAAUAUGCUUAUAAUGAUUUCUGUAUCUCUGAAAUGGCUCAGGGACUUGGUAACAUUGCAGAUGCUGAAAAGUAUAUUACUCGCUCAAAUAAUUGGAAGAAUAUUUACAAAGCUGACCAAACUUCAUUCGUGUCCAACACAACCGGUUUCCCUAACAGCACCAUCGACAGUGGUUUUGUCGGCUUCCUUCAGCCCCGCUACCUGAAUGGAACUUUCGGAUUCCAGGACCCCUCACUCUGCUCUCCCCUUUACAACUUCACAUCAUGCUACCUCAAUCCUGAUGGACACGAGACAUACGAAGGGAGUUCCUGGAUGUAUACAUUCUUUGUUCCACAAGAUAUGGCAACUCUCAUCACAACUCUCGGCGGUCCAGAUGAAUUCUCCAGGCGUCUCUCUUACCUCCAUACCUCAGGCCUUCUCUAUAUUGGCGAUGAACAAGCUUUCCUUCCAGUCUUCCAAUUUCACUACGCCGGUCGUCCAGGACUGUCAGCAUACUUCUCACAUUUCUACAUCCCAUCUCAAUUCAACGAUACGUUGUCCGGCAUCGCAGGGAAUGAUGACUCCGGUGCAAUGGGGUCUUUCACAACGCUUUCGAUGAUGGGCCUCUGGCCUGUCCCAGGACAAGAUGUUUAUCUCAUCACUCCACCCUAUUUCCCAUCUGUCAGCGUGACAAAUAAGCAAAGUGGGAAGACGGCUACGAUCAAGAAUGUUAAUUUCGAUGCGGAAUAUGAGAAUAUCUACAUUCAAAGUGCAACUCUUAAUGGGGAACCAUAUACCAAGAACUGGAUAAAACAUAGCUUCUGGCUUGACGGAGGUAUUCUGGAGCUUACUCUGGGGAAGAAUGAAAGUGCUUGGGGCACCAAGGCGGAGGAUUUGCCGCCAAGUUCGUCGACCAGGGAGUAAAAUGUGACAGUUUGACAGCGCCUAAGAAGCUUACCUCAAACUCGUCGAGUGUAAUGGAAGAGAAAAUAGACAGUCGAAGACAAUACGUGUCUUGGCUUAAACGUAUAUGUUGCAGGAAGAAAACUUAGGUGGUGCUGCUCUCACCAUCUUGGACUAUUGAAUUGAAUGCCUCCUCUGUCAUUUCAACGUUUCUCAACACUCAACAGGUCGACCUCCGUUUUCUCAGAAAUUUAUCUCCCAAUUCAGUUCAGUUCAUUGGUCUCUCAGUGUUGGCCUUGACCUGCAACAAUGUCUCAGUGCUUCCAGAUGUUUCCAG